GCGGGGCCGGGCGGGAGCGGAGCGCGGCGGGGCUCGGCCCGGCUCGGCCCGCAGCGGCACCGCUGCCUGCAGGGCCCGGGCUCGGCCUGCCUUCGAGCCGCUCGGCGGCCCCGUCCCGAGCCAUGGAGAACUACCACGUCCUGGAAAUGAUCGGCGAAGGGUCCUUUGGGCGCGUGUACAAGGGGCGCCGGAAGCACAGCGCCCAGGUGGUGGCCUUGAAGUUCAUCCCCAAGGUGGGGCGGUCUGAGAAGGAGCUGAAGAACCUGCAGCGGGAAAUUGAGAUUGUGAGAGACCUGCAUCACCCCAACAUCAUCCAGAUGCUUGACAGCUUUGAGACUGCUAAGGAGGUGGUGGUAGUGACUGACUACGCAGAGGGAGAGCUCUUCCAGAUCCUGGAGGAUGAUGGGAAUUUGCCUGAGAGCCAGGUCCAGACCAUAGCUGCCCAGCUCAUCUCUGCUCUCUACUACCUGCACUCCCACCGCAUCCUGCACCGUGACAUGAAACCCCAGAACAUCCUGCUGGGCAAAGAUGGCGUUGUCAAGCUCUGUGACUUUGGGUUUGCCCGUGCCAUGAGCAUCCACACCAUGGUGCUGACGUCCAUCAAGGGCACCCCGCUGUACAUGUCCCCUGAGCUGGUGGAAGAACGGCCUUAUGACCACACAGCAGACCUGUGGUCUGUGGGCUGCAUCCUGUACGAGCUGUUUGUGGGCACUCCUCCCUUCUAUACCAACAGCAUCUUCCAGCUUGUCAGCCUCAUCAUCAAGGACCCUGUCAAAUGGCCCAUGACCAUGAGCGAAGUGUUCAAGAGCUUCCUUCAGGGAUUACUAAUGAAGGACCCCCACGAGCGCCUGUCAUGGCCAGAGCUCCUUUCCCACCCCUUCAUUGCUGGACGGGUUACUGUGAUUGAUGACACAGAAGAGCAUGGGAUUUCAAACCCCUUCACCAUCAAGCUGUCUCCAGAGCUGCAGGCCCUGAAGGAGCAGCAAGUGCAUUCCAUGGUCCCCAGGAGCAGCUCGUCCAGGAUCUUGAGAAAGGCCCAGCAGAAGAUGGUUGAAGAGACACAGAAAAAGGGGCAACUGAAGGCAGGUGAUACAUCUAUGAAGGAUUCUGUCAAUGGACAUCCCACACAUAGACCCAGAGCAGCAUCAGGCAAGGCAAACCCUGAGAUUGGGGAGCCAUUGGCUGCCUCCAAUGAGAAGAAUCCGUAUCUCCUGCAAGGAAAGAGCAGCAGAGCAGAGUGGGAGUUUGAGGAGUCUCCUCCCAUGCCAGGGCAGCACAGCCUCUCUCAAGACUACGAGUGGGAGUUACUUGGAGCAGGUUCCACUCCACAGCCUGGUGCUGGCAGGGCAGAGCCCUGCAGCAGGCACAGCACUGAGGCCAUGGACCUGGAGACUGAGGAGCUGGAGAGUGAUGAGGAGUGGCAGCACCUGAUUGAGGACACUGAGCCCUCAGCCAUGCGGCUGAGCAUGCCUCUGAGCCUCCUGAGGGACCCGGCUUUCCAGCACCGUGUCCAGGACCGCCUGGCUGACUCUGCUCAGCAGGUGCUGGAAGGGAUGCUGGAGGGAGCCUCCCAUCUUCGUUCUGUGCUUCGUGUUAUUGGCAACCUCCUGUCUACCCAGUGUGAUGCUGAGCUGCUGGACUACUUCUGCCAAGAGCUGAAUGUGCCUCUGUCCCUGCUGUGUCUAGCCAAGCAGAUCCUGGAAAGUGGUGUCACCAAGCAGCAGCCCUGGUGUAUUGCUGUGCUGACAGACCUCCUCAUGGUGACCAGAGUUUAUUUCAGCAGUGAAUGUAGCCUGGAGGAGAGUGGGCAGAAGGACAGCCUGCAGGCCGUUCAGGAGAGUGCUGACUGCUUCCUGGCCCUGCUGCCAGAGCUGCUGGCUGUGCCAGUCGACAGUGAGAUGAGACUCUGCCAGCAAAGCCUCCUGUGCUUCACCCAGCUCUGUGAGAGACUGGACACAGCAGACCCUUCUAUCUCUGCACACUUCUACACCAGGCUGCAAGAGGAGCAUCAGCCCCUGCUGAACAGACUCCUUCAAGGAUCCAUCUCAGAGCAGCCUGCUCUUCGAGGUGCAGCAGUGGAGGGCAAGUCAGCCCAUGACCAGAGCCCAUGCGUGGCAGAUCUCUUCCUGGCUGCAUUGGCUGCUGCAUGCAGCAUGCCCCUGGAGAGAAACAGCUGUCAGGAAGCCAAGCAGCAGGUUGCUCAUGCAGUAGCUGAAAAGCUUAUGGAAGGAGAGAGCCAGCAGCUUGCAAGACUGCUAGGGAGACUGGAGGACCCAGGCUGCUCCUUGAACAUCCUGAAGAUCCUCUAUGCUGGCUGCCAUGCCUACCCAAACCUGUGCCAGCACCUGGGAAGGAGCCAGCCUCUGUGGGGUUCCCUCAUGCAGCUCUUGAAGGUCCCUGUGGUGGAGGUGACCCAGGAGGCAGCCUGUGAAGCCUCUCUGUACCUGCUGGCCCUGCUCACCCUGCAGCUUCAGGCAUCCCCUCCCAGGUGUGAGGAAGUGGUUACCCUGGCUGUGGAUCUCAUCACCCAGUCUGCUGCUGUGUCCCUUGUGGGUGUUGCAGCAUUUCUCCUGGCACAGCUCAGUCAGCAUGGGGUGGCUUUGGAGCUCAAGAGAGAAAAGAUCCUACCAGUGGUAACAAAUGCACUGACUGCACCUGCUGAGCUGCAGCUCCCCCUGCCAAUGGGUGCUGGUCUCUAUGAUGGGCUCUUUUUCCUCCUGCUGAAACUCCUUGAACAGGAGGAUGUGGUCUUGGAGCAGGGCUUUGCUUCCUCUGAGCUAUGGAGCCUGGUCUGGCAUUGUGUUGCUGUGGUGCUUCAUGUGGGCACCAACAGCGCAGCGCUGGAGGAAGAUCCACCCCCAGGUGCUGGUCACCCCAUGGCAGAGCCAGACUGGAACCUCCUCUCCCCUCAAGGAACCUUGUUAUUCCUCAGCCUGGCCCUCAGCAUCUUCACUCGUGAGGCCCACCAGUGUCUGUCUCAGCUCACCCAGUCCCAUGGUGUCCUCAUGGUGACACUGAAGAGACUGCUGUCCCCUGGCUUCUUGGCAUGCAUGGCACAGAUGAAAGCAGGAAAGGAUGGGGAUCCUGAGGUUGUCCCAGAUAUGGUCAUCCAGGUGUGCCAGCUCCUCUCUUUCCCUUUCGCCCUGGAUGUGGAUAAAGACACCUUAGCACUGAUCAUGGAGGCUGUGAGAGAUACCCAGAUCCCUGCCCAGCUGCUGCAGGUCUGCGCUCACCAUCUGCCCUUCUCGUUCACUGAGCUCCCCAUGGGCCUCUUGUGCCAGUUUGUGGUGGCUGAUACACAGGUCAUAGAACAAGUGGUGAGGGAAGCUGCUGCCUCGGAGCACAUUGUUGCCUUCUUGAAGUCUGUCUUGUCCUCAGACAAUGUCAUGCUCACAAGUGACCUCCUGUCUCUGCUGACCCACAUGGCCCGGGUCUCUUCAGAGCACCUGCCCUUUCUCCAGAGGAUCCUGAGGGACUCAGAUGUGCCUGACCAGCCACUGAUCUACCUGCUCAGCCACAAGCAGCACCUGAUACGGGCCAGAACCUGCAACUUGCUGGGCAACCUGCUCCGCCACAGCUUCUCCCCAGCGCUGCAGAGCCAGCCGGCUUGGCUGGAGCGGCUGCUGGAGUGCCUGUGGGACCCGGAGAGCUGCGUGCGCAGGGCAGCCGCCUUCGCCGUGGGCAACGCCGCCUGCCACGCGUCUUGCCCGGCAGGAACGCUGGGCAGGGCCGUGCCCGCGCUCACCCGGCUGCUGAGCGACUCCCGGGCCCAGACGUGCUGCAACGCGGCCCUGGCCCUGAGCAACCUGGGCCAGCGCGGGGAGGAGCUGCGGGCCCUGCUGGUCCGGAGCGGGGCCCCCGACCUGCUGCUGCAGCUGGCCUGCCGGGACCCGCGCGUGGCCGUGCGGGAGGGAGCGCUGGAGGCGCUGCGAGCCCUCAGCCAGCACGCCGGCGUGCAGCAGGUCCUGCUGUCCCUCAAAGCCGCCGAGAGGCUGGCCGCGGUGGCCGCUGUCGGUCCCCGGUCGCCUUGUGCCCGGCACGGCGAGCCGCUCCUCCGCCGCCAGUGCGAGCUGCUCCUCCGCCGCCUCGCCGCCCUGCCCGGCCAGCUGUGACGCCCGGCAUCCCGGGACGCCGCGGACGCUCCCGUCACCCUCCUCAGGCUCCAGCCGGACCUUCCUUGCUGCCUGAGAGGGACUCUACGGCCGUGUUUACCCGGGGUGCCCCCGCGGGAAGCCGGCCCUGGAGAGCUGCCCGUUCCUGCCGUAACCGCGCGUUUCCCUCGGCUCCCGGCGCCGGGCUCCGCCGCGCCGCCAGGGGGCAGCGCCGCCCCCGGCGCGGAGGCCGCCGGGAGCUGUAGUCACGUGGGCCCGCCCGCUGCCCAUGGUAACGGCGGCGGCGGGCCCGGGCGGGCGGGGAGUAUGGCGGCGUGCCGGCCUGCGCAGCGGGGUUUGGCCCCCCUGUGUCUCCCGGGCUGCACCUCAGAGUUCCCCCACUGCGGCGCAGGGCCGUUGUCCCCCCGCGCUGCCUCCCCGGCCCCUCCGCCCCACAGCCGUGCCCGGGCCCCGCGGCGGCACCUCGCUCCCGCCCGGGCCUGCUCCGGGGCUCGCCGUGCUCUUGCCCCCGUGGGGCUGGGGCCGUUCGGGAGCGCUCUGUGGCGAGGCAUGCUGGGCUUGGCGGCCGGGGCGGCGCUCCGGUGCCGGGAUAGAGCAUCCUGGUGGCACCUUCGGCGCCACAGUGUUUCACUUGGAGAAAUGAGACACAGAGCGCGUUCCCCGGGCGAGCGGCAGGGAGAAGGGCUGGCUCCCCAGCCACCCACGGCCUCGGGGAGCCUCUCCAACGGUACCUGGAGCUUUAGGAUGGAGCUGGGAUCGACCGGGCCCGGCUGGGGUGAUGGGACAUCUUGGCUGUCCAUCCUUUCAAUGGGGUCUUGGCUUGGCUGCUCCUCUGCUGUAAAAAGGAGCUAUUGGAUCUGAAAGAUGAAAGGCAGAGCUGAGUUGAGACAAGCCUGGAGUAUUUCCUGAAUGCCUCCAGGGUUUGAUCAGGGAGUGAGGAGUGAAGGUGUGGGGAAGCCCUGUGGCACUGUGCCAGCCUCUGGGCAGCUGGGCUGUGGAUGUCUUGUGGGAGGCAGAGUUCAGCCCCACAGCUAUGCAUCAAAACCCUGCCUACAUGACACCCUGACCUUGUCUGUCUUAUUGUGGUGUUCUCCUCAGUUCUCCUCACUGAAUGGGCAGAUGACAUCUAGUGACUCACGGAUAGUUUGGGGGAAUUUACACUUGAUUGUUGGCCUUGUUAUAGUUUUAUAGAAUAAUAUUUCCACAAUUCUUACUGUUUGUACCCAGAUAGUAGUGUUUGUCUGUCUUUUUGUUGCUCUCUUGCUACAGUUCUGUGUUAGGUAAAGUUGCCCCCUCCCACACCUCAGUUGAGGGGUCCUUCUCAGCACAGCAGGGGUCACAUUUCAAGGAGGAGCUGAGGGGACAAAUGUCACCAUCCCCACAUAACAGCGCCUGUGUGGAGAUCUCAGAUCACUGACACAGGUUGGGGGCUUUGGCUGCUCUACCAGCCUGGCUGGGUGCCACUCCUUGACAUUUCCCAAGUUCCUGCCAUGCAUCGAGUCUGGGAGUAUUUGGCAGCUUCUCACCUUGAGUCUCUGUUUCUUCUCCACUCCUGAGCCCUGAGAGAUUGCUGUAUGGAGUGAGGGUUUUGCAGUGGCUUCAGAAGAAUUUUUCCCAGCCCUGUCAGGACAUGGAAGAGUCCUCAGCACAUACUGAAGGACAAAUCUGGGAACCUUCUCCGCCGAUUGCAGCUGUGUUUCAGUAAAUAGUAUCAAGAACAGAAGGUGGACUAAGAAAUUAUGUGUUUUGAACUAAUUGGGUAGUUCUUGUCUCCUUGGUGUGUGUUGAUAUUUUACACUUGUUUCACUCACUCCAAAUCCUCCACUUUUAUUUUUCUACUGAAGGCUAGUCUGCCUAAGAUCAGAUGGAGCUGUGCUGACUGCCCUCAGAUCCUGCACUGGUGGCCAAUCUCUUCCCAGGUCUUGCCAUGUAAUUCUCUCUUCUCCCGUCACGAAGCUCAAUUGAAAAUGCUGUUCCUUCAGUUUGGAUCUUCAGGAAUGGGCUGUAGGCCUCCUUUGUGAAAGGCUGUGAAACACCUCAUGGGUUAGCUUGUUGCUUGUAACCCAGACUUGUUUCUCUGCUCUUGUUUGUGCUGCAGUGCAGCUGCUUCUGUUGCCCAUGGGAUGAAAAAGUUGGGUGGGAGCAAGGACAGGCAACUGCCAGCUUCACUGCUGGGGAAACAGAGCUGCAUGAUCUGCUGUCACUGUGCACUGCAUUUGCCUCAGGGCCUGGGGAGUCUGCCAGGGAGAAAAGCUGAUAUCCUCUGAUAGCAGUAGGAACUCCUUGCUCUGCCCUUUGCUGUGGCCCCUGCACUGAGCCAGCCCUUUUAUUGAAGUGUCCCUGGUGCACUCAAGCUAUAGCCCUGGAUUUUCUGCCUGCUGUGCCAGAGUUCCUCACCUUGUCUGGCAGCUGUGCUUCCAUGCCCUUGGGGUGGUGGGAGAGUCCCUUGUGAAGUGAAGCACAUGAGCCUUCAGUCCCCAGCCCACUCUGUGUGUGCAUGGAGGGAGGCAUUUGCUGCAGUGCAGGCUGAGGUGGUGGCUGGAUUGCAGCUCCCCCAUGGCUUGCUCCAGCAUCCUGCUUUCCCUGAGGUCUGCCUCCACCUUGGGAGCACACACCUGAACUACUCUAUUUCUCUUGCAGGGCAGUGCUCUGCUUAGGUAAAGGGUCAUUUCAGGCAGCCAAACACUCCUCAUACUUCCUCUAUUCAGUGUGGAGUUCAGCACCACAGCUGAUGAAUGGAAACAACCAACCCUGGCACAAAUGUAAUCCUGGGAUGCAGGUGGAAUUUGCUGAUCCAUCCACACAGAGGUUGAUUUCUCACUUUUUUUUUAUUUUUUAUUUUUAAAUUUUAUUUGAGUGGCCAACCAAAAACUUGACAUCUUGAUUGGGACAGAAAUUGGUUGUCAUCCUCUGGAUUUGCACGCAAAAUGUGGUUCUGCAAGGAUGAUAAUGAAGCUGAGAGGAAACAGUGAUGCUUAAGUGUGUGGCAAAGCAGCACAAGCAGCACACCAGGCUGAUGUACCCAACAGCAUUUCUGCAGUGGCCAAGCUGCCUCUGAGCUGUGUUGUCCUCUUGGACAAACUGUGGCCAGCAACACCCUCUGCUCUUCAGCUUGAACUUGCUGGUGGCCUCAGGUACUUUGGCUUGGGGUGUGACUGACCUUAAGGCCACUAAUUUCUUGGAGAUGAUGUUGGGGAGGGAGGGCUGUUUCCAUGCUGUUGAAACACAAGUUUGUACCUAGCUAAGAGGUGUUGGAGCACUUUUAGGCAUUCGGUUCCAGAUCAAUGUUGUUGAUCUUGUUCAAAGUUUUAAAUUUUUUGAAGGGAUGCAAACCCUUAUUUUUAAAUGUAUAUUUGUUUUAAAACCUGUUUGUUUUGCAUUGUUGUUAAGUUGCUUGUUCAAGCUUUAAUCAAAAGUCCCAGAGCUGCACGUGAGGAACUUGGUGUAAAUUCAGGUCUUGUUUACAAAAAUAUGUUAUCCUUUUUAAUAAUAAAGAACAGAACAGAAUA